AUGACGACCAGUACUAGUACUAUCUUCUACAAGAAUGCCCUAUUUCUGCUACUCCUGAGCUCUGCGGGAUAUUUAUGUAAUGCUGCUGAUCCUACUGAUGGCUUCACGCGCGUGUCUCUAACGGACAAAAACUUCAAGUUGCAGAAGCCGUAUGACAAACCUGCCGCCGAGCGCUACAGUAAAAUAGAUGGAGUCGAAACGUUCAAGGUUUACACCAGUGACAAGCCCUUUGAGGAAGGCAGUCCAACCAGGCCACGCACAGAAAUCAGAAUUAGUGGACUUGACUACACUUCUGGCGUAUGGCAAUUCGAGGGUAUUUUCUACGUGCCGAAAGGCACCACCGGCGUUAUUCUCAUGCAGGUAUUUGGGGCAACCACUGAAGCUACAACUCUGCAGCUAAGGGUCAUUGAUGGAAAUUUGAUGUACUACAACAAGAAAGUGGUGGUGGCAAAUGUCUACAAUAAGUGGGUGAAAGUGAAUGUGAUUCACAAUGUUGGUACACAGAAAGUGACCAUUUUCGUUGACGGUGUCCAAAAGUUGGUGAUGGAUGGCCACGGUCGGGAUACCCAUUACUUCAAAUACGGAGCUUAUGCGGCUUUAACUGGUUCAAGUAACUACAUGGAGUCAAGGUGGAAGGGAAUCCAAGUUUAUAAGAAAUGA